AUGGCAAACAAAGCUGCUCUGCAGAACCAUGUUUGGAAGCCAAAGGCAAAUAUGUGCAUGGAAAGCGCAGAUGUGAAGAGACCUAUUGCUGGCAGCUUCCAGAAAGAGCAAGAGGUCAUUCCCAUGCCUUCCAGCUGUCCCAGCUUUGCCAUUGUGGAAAUUUCUGAAAACAUCCGGGCAAAACUUUAUUCAUUAUUGUGCAAGUUAGGUUUUGAAAAUUUGCCUGGUUUGUCUGCUAAGGAUUUUGUCACUCUUGCUAUCAUACGGCGGUAUAUUGACUUUAAGGUUGGAGAAGUUUGGAGCGAAGUGUGUGCAGAACUAAGAGAAGAAUUCAGACCUAUUGGUUCAGAUGAGAAAAUACUGAAAGUUAUUUCAGAAGUGUCAGAAAAUAUUGGAAAAAUGGUCACUGCUUACCAGACUGAAGUGCUUGAAAAUCAUCAUCACCAAGAAAUCCAAGAGGAGAAAAAAACAUACACAAAGAUUCGUGCUGUCCAUAAGCAGAAAGAAAUGGUAAAUAAAUCUUGGGAAAAUUUCUUAACUCGGACAUCAAACUAUGAAGCACUGAAGGUAAGAAAAAUCUGA